ACUACUGCUUAUUUAGCGCACGCACGCACACACACACGCACACACACACACACACACACAUACACACACACAGCAAACCAGGGGUGCAGACGGUGCGCACAGAUGUGGGAACACGUGGUUUCUCCGAGCAGCCCUACGGGCGCACCACUUCCUCUCACGUUUGGAUUCCUACACUUCUCGAGUUUCUCCGGUUACUGCUGCGGGUACCACCGGAGUGCUGAGCUGGACCAGGAUUCACCCUCACCUCGGCAUCUUUUAAAAACUGCCAGAUAAACAAUAAGAUUUAUUUUUUCUCUUGCUCCUGUGACUCCCACACGCAUUCCCUACUUCCAACAAAGUUCAUCCAUCUUUUCGCUGCAGCAUCUGAGGUGCGACACUGAAGUUACCUGCGCGGUAGAAGAUCCUCACUACACCUAAAGAGUCACGGAUGGAGCUUUGAGUGGUUGUUUCUUACUACUCCCCCCCUGCCUCCCCCCCAAAAAACCCCAAAACCAGUGGAUUGUGGGAUACUCGCGGAUCCAAGGUGCCGUGCGCUCAAAGGAAGCUUUUGGGCAAAUGCCAUUGCGAUGCUGUGGAUGUAACUUCAGACAACAGCUUCACAACGGUAGCGUCCUGUAAACCACAAUGAAAGACGACUUUGCUGAUGAGGAGGAGGUGCAGUCCUUUGGUUAUAAGAGGUUUGGAAUUCAAGAGGGUACAGAGUGCACCAAGUGUAAAAAUGACUGGGCACUGAGGGUGGCUAUUGCACUGCUGUAUGUGCUCUGUGCACUGCUCACCAUAGCAGUGGCUGUCCUUGGAUACAAAGUGGUCCAGAGAAUGGACAAUGUCACAGAGGGCAUGCAGAAUUAUGGAGGCAAGAUCAAUGCUGUGGAGACAGACUUAAAGAAACUAGAUAAUCAGGCAGGAGAGAAGUCAGUUAAUGCCACAAGUGAAAUCAAGACUUUCAAGUCCGAUCUGGAGGCAUUACAGAAUCAACUGAAUGACAUUGCUAUCAGGGCGACCCGAAACAGAGACAUGCUGGAUGGUCUUCGUAUCACAGGAGAUGACAUGCAAAACGGUCAUGUCUCCCUGCAGAGUUAUCUGGAAGGCAACGCUGCCUCACUGCGUGGGGUCAACCAGACCUUAGCCUCCUACAGUGGCAUGAUUGAUCACCUCCAGUCAGACACUGCACGGCUCCAGACAGAGAUACAGGGUCAGGUCAAAGAGCAGAGCCAGACCCAGGUUAGUGUCAGCGCACUAAACAUCACCCAGUCCCAGCAGCGCAAUCUGCUCAGCACGCUGCAGAAGACGGUGGAAGAUGCAGGCCAGGCAGUGCAGAAACUGAAGAAUGACUAUCAGGGUCUGCAGCAGACAGCCAGGCAGACCCGGGCUGAUACUGAGUGGCUGAAGGAAAAGGUGCAGAAUCUCCAGGUUUUGGCAGCCAACAACUCAGCCCUGGCCCGGUCCAACGGAGAAGCUCUGGAUGACUUGGGGGCUCAGCUGAGCACACUAGUGAGCCAGAUCCAGAACGCCUCAGCUCUCACUGAGGGGCAUGACCAGAGCCUGCGUGAGCUGAUGGACCACCAGAGAGACCACGAUAACGCCACCUCAUCUAAGUUUGAUGAGAUGGAAGCACGAUUAGACAGACAUGAGAAUGACAUGGACCGUGUGACUGGUAACGUGAGCUUUGCCACGCAGCUCCUAGGUGCCAUCAGCUCCGACCUGAAUGGCCUGAGGACCUGCGCAGAGACAGUGAUGCAACAUUCAGACCUGUUACUGGGGCUGAACGGUAGUGUGACAGAGGCCAUGGCCGAGAGCAAAGAGCUGCGCGCCCAGCAAGAUGACCUGACAACCAGGUUGGACAAAGAGGUCAGCAACCUUUCUAUGGUGAUGCAGGAGAUGAAGCUGGUGGACAGCAAGCACUCACAGCUCAUCACUAACUUCACCAUCCUGCAGGGUCCACCAGGUCCAAGAGGCCCCAGGGGUGACAAGGGUCCCCAGGGACCAGUGGGCCAGUCAGGACAAAAGGGUGAUAAAGGAGACAAAGGGGUGCCAGGGUUGGUGGGACCUAAAGGAGAGAAAGGUGCCGCUGGACCACCAGGUGCAACAGGGCCAAAGGGUGCAGCCGGGCCUCGGGGUCUUCCAGGUGCUAAAGGAUCAAGAGGGUCUGGAGGUCGACCUGGAAGCCCUGGUGAAAAAGGUGACCCUGGGGCUCCGGCACUUCCUGGUAGGGAUGGACAGUCAGGAAUGCCAGGACCACAAGGGCCACAGGGGCCUAGAGGAGCAACGGGACCUAUAGGGUUGGAGGGGCCUCGUGGGCCAGUUGGACCCAUCGGUCCUCCUGGUCCUCCAGGGCUUCCAGGGAUACCUGCACCUAUACCUCCUGAAAUGUCAAUGCCUCUUCAGCCCGCUCUUCAACCCCCCACACCAACUCAUCCUACCGAACUAGCAGAGGAAACACAUAGCUCCGCGUCCCGACAGGUCCAGCUCCCCGUGGCAACCACAGCAGCACCUGGGUGCCAGCCUGAGUUCAGAAAGUUUGGAGACAGCUGCUAUUACUUCUCCUCUGGUUCUCAGAGACUCAACUUUGACGAGUCCAACCAGUUUUGUACUAACAUUUCAUCUCUGAUGCUCAUUAUUAACGACAAUGAGGAACAGCAAUUCGUGAGAAAUGCAAUUGCAGGAAAAGGCUACUUCUGGCUGGGCCUUACUGACAGGGAGGAGGAAAAUGUCUGGAAAUGGGUGGAUGGAACUAUACCUGUUUUCAAGAAGUGGAAGCCUGGCCAGCCUGAUAACUGGACCCAUGGCCACGAAGAAGGCGAGGACUGUGCUGGCCUUAUCCAUAAUGCCAACUGGAAUGAUUUCUACUGCACCGACCGCAUCGGUUUUAUCUCAGCGAUGCCUCUCUUCACGACCAACCCAUUUGACCAAGAUGUUGAGAAAGCAACCAGUGAGAUGAACACCGCUGAGGACUGGGGCCUCAUUCUGGACAUAUGUGAUAAGAUAGGGCAGUCACGCACUGGGCCUAAAGAAUGUCUCCGCUCUAUAAUGAGAAGAGUGAACCACAAGGAUCCCCAUGUGGCCAUGCAGGCACUGACUCUCCUUGGUGCUUGUGUCUCAAACUGUGGGAAGAUAUUCCACUUGGAGGUGUGCUCCAGAGAGUUUGCCAGUGAAGUCAGUAACGUCUUAAACAAGGGCCACCCCAAAGUGUGUGAGAAGCUGAAAGCGCUAAUGGUGGAGUGGGCAGAAGACUUUCGCAACGAUCCCCAGCUCAGUCUGAUCUCGGCUAUGAUCAAGAAUCUACGCGAGCAGGGUGUCACUUUCCCGGCUGUAGGGUCCCAGGCUGCAGAGCAAGCAAAAGCAAGCCCUGCUUUAGUGGCAAAGGAUCCCUCCACCUCAACAAACAAAAAAGAAGAAGAAGACUUGGCCAAAGCUAUUGAGCUGUCACUGAAGGAGCAACGUCAGCAGCCGCAGACCUCCCUGUCCAGCCUUUACCCGAGCACCUCCAGCCUGCUCUCUUCACACAAGUCCGACGGCAGGAAAGUCCGCGCCAUCUACGACUUCGAGGCGGCUGAGGACAAUGAGCUCACCUUCAAGUCGGGAGAAAUCAUCACCAUCCUGGACGAUAGUGACCCCAACUGGUGGAAAGGGGAAACAUACCAGGGAGUGGGGUUGUUCCCUUCUAACUUUGUCACAGCUGACCUUACUGCAGAGCCUGAGAUGAUGAAGACAGAGAAGAAGACAGUACAGUUCAGUGAGGAGAUUCAGGUGGAGACCAUAGAGCCCGAACAAGAGCCGGUGUAUAUAGACGAGGACAAAAUGGACCAGCUACUGCAGAUGAUCCAGAGUGCAGAUCCCACAGACAACCAGUCAGACAGUGUUGAGUUACUACAGUUGGAAGGUGCCUGCAAUCAAAUGGGACCCCUCAUUGACCAGAAGUUGGAGGAUAUAGACAGGAAGCACUCGGAGCUGUCAGAGCUGAAUGUGAAGGUGAUGGAAGGUCUUUCUUUGUAUGCCAAGCUAAUGAAUGAAGAUCCAGUUUACGCCAUGUACGCCAAGCUGCAGAGCCAACAGUACUACAUGCAGCAGCAGCCUGCCAGCGCAGCACAACAGGUCUACCCUGGUCAGCCUGCAUCAGGUUCGUAUGCCAUGAGUAGUACUGCGGUGCAGGGUUACACUGUUCCCAUGGAGCAGCUUCCAGCUGGAACCCCUAUACCUGGUCAGCCAGCUCCCGGUGACGUUCAUAUGUACAUGGGCCAGCCGCCAGUCUACACUGCAGGUCCAGGCAGCAUGGCCCCAGCAGACGUACAGUCCUACCAGAACCCAGCCAGCGCCCCAGGCCCGACUCACGCAGGCAUGACGCAGACGCCAAACUACAGCACCCCCUCCGGCAUGAGCAUAGCACCUUCCUCAGACCACUCACAGGCCCCCUACUCAGAGAAAGCCUUGCUAUAGGGCCCCCCCCNNNGAGCUCACUGUAAUCCUCACGCAUACACCUACCAGACAUGAUCAAAUAGUGGUCGUAGAUAAUUUUGUUUAUUAUGUUUUAUAAUUAGUUUUAUCGUGAAACACCAGAUGGAUGGAAAAAUUCAAAUAGAGUAGACUUAACCUUAAAAAAAAUAUAGUUACACUUCUAACUCCAGGUUUUGAAGUGAUCACAAGGGUUUGAUUUGAAGAGCUAACACCAAGCCACACAUGGUCUGUAAAUGGACACACGUGUUCUUUUAGGACUUACUUUAAUUGAUCAUCUUUCUGCUUUUCUCAGUGGCGUUACAUGACUCAGAUGCGAAAACGCGAGGCGCUUUCAGUCGCACUUUUAUCUUCAGUUGCACUUUUAGUCAUCAUUCAAGCCUGAUCACUUCAAAAUCUAGAUCUGAUCGCAAUAUGCAUUGUCCUUAUAUAUGUACGAGACCUGACAUGGAUUGCUUCAUUUUUAUAAUAGGACUAUUGGAAAAAAUGAUGGUAAUGCUUUAGUUUAUGAGACCAAUAUUUUAAAUAAUUUUGUAGGAAGUUUCUUGGAAAAAAACUACAUAGUUUAGUACAAAUUAUAGGGGAAGCUAGUUAGGAAGUUCUUUUAGUUUGACUUUAGGUGAAUUUAUAAGCAGUUGUUGAUGAAAAGGAGAGCUCUAUUUAAACCCAAGAACCCAAAUCAUUCAUUAGUCAUUUAUUAUUGGAAACUUUAUUCUUUAUAAAGUAUAGAUUUAUGGAGGUUCAGCCGACCUACUGUGUACUACUGACUCAACAGUUUUUAGCUUACACAAGCAAUUAAUUUAAAUGAAUUACUUUACUAUAUUUUAUAAAUUUAAUUAUUAUUAUUAUUAAUUAAUUAAUUAUAAAUUUGGAUUUAAAAAUCCAAUCAAUUCUUUCCUGGAAACUUCCUAAGAAAUAAUCAAGAAAUUACAGAGCUCUUAAAUAAAACGUUACCAGAAUUGCUUUGAGAAAACAAGUGUAACUGUAGCCACUUCAACCGAACCACAAAAAAUAUAUGCAAUUACUAUUUGAUCAAGUGUGAAAUACACACAGACAUUCCUUCACACCACCCCUCAACAUGCACAUCCAGAGCUACACACACAAACACACACACGAUAGUCAAACACACUACAGGCAGGUGUACAGCAGUGGACACACACUCACAGUUGCACCAGUUGGCUCACACAUACAACAGUAUGCGAUAAUUUACCUUCACUCACACACUAACAUGGAGAGAGAUCCACAGCCUGCCGCAGCCUUCUCACUCACGUAAAGCAACUGCUAAUCAUGUCACAGAAAAAAUGGAGCGUCGACUUACAUUUCCCUUUUUUGUUUUUUUUAAUCAGAAAAAGGACUUUUAGCGAUGCUGAAAACGUUAGGCUACUACAUCCUGUAUAUGUCGUCUAAUUUUUAGAAGUACUGAAAACUGAAGCCACUUUGUUGUUUUGGAGGGAAAAGAAACCAGAGGAAUUUAAGCAUGCACAUGACUCUUGUAUAUACUGUACUGAACUAGUAGUGAAGCCACAUGAUGACCUCAUGGGUGGGCUGUACGUAUGUUAGCACAACCCCGAGUGUUUCUCUCAGCCUUAAAGGUGAACUCUGCAGCCAUGAUGUCCCUGCUGAAUUAAAGGUGUAAAAGCCAAAGAGAACAAAGUGAAAAAUCCCUCACAUGCCAGAAAACAAGAUGUGUUUUUUUUUCUCUUUUUUUUUUUUCUUUUCGUAACAUGAUUGACUCCUUACUUCAUACUGCAGAGUUUUCCUUUUUAAAAUGAGCAGCUCUAGAUCCUUGUUGGUAGAUGUAGGGCUUGCUCUGUUUCCAUUCAGGGGCUGUACUAACUCGUACCACAGACCUGGCUACUAAGGGGCGAACUCUCUGAACAGCCCCAUUGUCUUUUUAAAGCAUCUCUUUAGUCAGUGUUGAAAAAUGAAUACUAUGGUUUUUGUAGUGCAUUUUAAUUUAUGUUUUGAUUAUUGUUAUGCUAUUUUAAAUGGAGAAGCAGUGCAGGAUGUAUGUAUUCAGAGAAAAGCGGAAUAUGUGAUAUUCUGCCAAACUUAGUUGUAUAUUUAAAUCGCUCUCAUGAGAACAUGGACAUUUCUCUGUGUUUGAUACAUGCUUAUUGUACUGUAGGGUAAAAUGGUAAUGUGAAAAACUGAUUGAACCUCCCCAUGCAUUUUAAACCUGUCCUUUUCUCAGAGCUGUUACACUAAAACAAAUUCUACCUGAAGCAGAGCUGAAAUGAGGUUCCUAUGAUUCUGGAAAGUGCAGUCAGGAUUUGUAAACACCUCUUUUCCCCAAGAUCUCCUUUAGCUAUCCAUUACAGUGACACUUUAAGGCAUUUCAGAUCAAAUAUUGAUCCGAAAUACGAAAUAUGCUCUCCAUAUUACUACAUACUUUAAAUACUACAUGUUUUCGUCUUUUGGGAAAGAGUUGAUGUUUACAACUGCUGAUUGGAUUGCAAAAAAAGCUGAUGAAACAGGAAAAUAUUUUAUCUGUUGUAUAAUAUUGAAUGAUGCUACAUGAAGGAAUAACAGUUUGAAAUAGUUACUACAUUUUCCAGUUGCAGGGCAAAUUGGUGUGUUGAUCUGACUGUAAAUUUGUGUUAUUUCAAUUUCUCUUGAAAUACUAGGUCUCAAAUGUGUUCCUCGUUGUCAUCCCUGUGCCGCCUUAAGAAUAUAAAAACAACCCACAAUUUAAGCUUGGUAUCUGGGACUUUGCUCACAAGAGGUAAUUUGAUUCCCCCGGAAGUUGAUUUUGGCAUUAAUACAGUUGAUUGAUUAUUCUUUUUUGCUGCCUUCAACUAAAUACAAGUGUUAACCUGUUGGAUCAAAGAGGGCUGAAAAUAUCAGAAAUACAAAAGUAGCAGCUAUUCUGGGACUAUGGGACCAGGAGCCAGUUAAUCGUCACACAUCAUCCAAAUGUAACAUCCUGUUGCGCCACAGUGGUGGACUGCAGCCCCGAUGUAACUUUAUUGCACAGGAUUGAGAUGCUGCCUGUUUUUAAGUUUUAAAAACAUCAUUAUUGUAAGAUUUCUGUCUAAACUUGUACCCUGCUGUUUGUAUGUAUUCUUUUAACCAUACUUAUUAAUUGAUAUUCACAAUAAAACCAGGCCAAAUGUACAGAAUAAUAUGAAA